AUGGCGGCAGUGGCGAUGAGGAUGAACAUGUUGUUAACUUCAUUGCCUCGGGGUUUGUGUUCCCCACACUGCAGGCUUGCAGUUUAUUGUGUAAGAUCUAGACGCAGCCCAGUGCUGUUACUGCAGUACGAUACAACAUACUGGUCAUACGCGGCAAGUCACAGCUCCAUGAAUUGUGGUAGUGGUGGUGACUGUCAGCAUUGUCUUGCUGGGAGACACACACCGAUCCAAACAUGUGCGCCUCCGCUGUGGUGUUAUUUUUCUGUUGACUGGGGUGAGCUCAUACGGAUACGUGUGGGGGUGGAGCUGCUUGGUGGUAUCGGUGCUGAGCUUCUCUUGUUGCAUGCGGGACAGUUGCGUUUUUUUUCUUUUUGUGCUAUUGUUGCUGCGAUGUCA